AUGCUGCAACUCAGCGGCGAGCUCUAUGCUCCUGAUGCUGGCGCGCCCAAUCGCAAUGGCGCUGCUGUCGUGGUCAGCCACCCCAUGACCGGGGUCAAAGAACAAGCCUCUGCGGACCAUGCCCGACUACUUUCUAAAGCCGGGUUCUACGCGCUUACGUUCGACGCAGGAUAUCAAGGGGAAAGCACUGGACAGCCACGUGGACUAGAAGACCCCAUCAGAGAGUCGAGGAAACAAGGCUGCUGUGACCUACUUGAGCUCGCUGAAGGGCAAAGUUGA